AUGUUGAAAAUUCUAAAAAAUAGAGAAGUUUCAAAUACACUUUCAACAAACCCCGGACCAAUCCCAAGUUCAUCAACCACACCAAAUCGAACUACACAAAACCAUAACCAAUUACCACCCAAUAGAUUAACGAUUUCAACAAUAUGUGAAUUACUAGACUUACGAAAAUCAAUGCCAAUAAAUUCUCCACUGUACGAGCAAAAAUCUCAAGAAAUUUUAAAAGGUAGUAUGAUUGAAUUAAAAGAGUUAGAAAGUUUAUUUAAAUGUUUAAAUACUUUUAGUGUACAAUUAGUUAAGAAUCCUGAUCCUUUGAAACAUGAACCUAUGAAAGUUGUUGUUUGGGCUGAUCCACCUACGUCUUAA